AUGCAAUUACAUGAGAUCAGUGCUGUUAAGGUGCGUGGUCACGUGACCAAUUCUCUUAUAUAUAUGAGACCAGAGAAUGAAAUUAGGUCAGUACUAGCCAUACAGGUGGCGCACACGCAACUCACUCUCAAGUGUCGCCAUAACAUCCGCGACAUCAGCGGCGAUCGUCUCACCUCUCAUCAAGUGACUAUAGAUCAACCCUUCAACUUUUAUCAACACUUGCGUUUGUGCACCAACGACCGCGUGUGUGGGCGUGGCCAGUUCUGCGACCAGCACUACGGCGUGUGUCGGGACCACAUGGCGGAAGGAAAGGAGUGUCGUGGUGACGCCAUGUGUGAGGGCGGAUACGACUGCAUGUUCGGCGUGUGCCAAAAGCGCAUCAAGCGUGGGCGUGAGGGCGCCAGGUGCCGCAAGGAGAGGGAUUGUGGAGCAGGGAUGUGCUGUGCCCGUCGCCAUGGAGAGCAGGUAUGUCAACGGCGUGCGUCGUUGGGCCACAAGUGCUAUGUACCUGAGGGCGGCCUGGACUACUCCAUGAACCAAGUUUGUCCGUGCGAGAGCGGCCUUGUGUGCAAAUACACGGCUGAACAGCCUCCUUCCAGGCACCAGCUCAUCGCCCUCAUGUCGGCCUCCGAGAACAUGCGCUGCGCAGCGCCCUCGCACCGCGUCGACUGA